AUGUCUUUGAAUCAAGAACAGGGUUGGAUGAAUUCACUCUUUGAGGACCCUCCACUUAUUCACGAUGGACCAGAUGCCCCAGCUCGCCAAGCUGGAGAUAAUUUGCUUCCCAAACCCGGUUCUCCAGCACGAGUGAAAUUUGAUAAAACCCAUGAGGUCAAAAUCAAUGUUGAGUUCAAGAUCGCUUUUGAGGACGAGCCGGACGAGCCACAAGUCCGCAUCGGAGGAUUGACGAAGUCUAAACCAAAGAAGACUUUUACUCUUAUCAAUUCUAACAACCUUCCUAACGGAAAAGGCAAAUUUGUACGUGCCUGUCUCAUAGGUAAGAGUCUGAAUGACUUCAAGGUUUUGUGCGGCAACGUCAUUGGCGAUAUGCGAGAGGGGAUGAAUAAGGUCAUCCUGACUGGGGAGAUGGCCAAGGAGUUGAUAUGGAAAGUCAAGGUUGGCAAGGUCUCGUUCACCCUCAGUUCGUAUACAGAGUGGCAGGAUUUUGUGGGGACUAUCGAUAGGUCCAAAAACAAAAUCGGAGACCUCACAAUCAGUACCCCUAGUGAUGCUCAAAAGAAGCGUGAAUUGGCGGCGGUUUCAGCGACUGAUCGACUUUUGAACAAGAAGUCGUUAACGCCUUUGGAGAUUAAGAUUGAUGGAACCGCGACUUUGGAGAUGCCUCCUGACUCUCGAGCUUACCGCGAGCCAAACCAGUUAUUACACAAACGACUUCAACCUCAAGUCAAGGUGAUUUCUGCAUACUUUCAACUCAAGAAACCACCACGUACCACAACUCACACAUUGUUUGAUUUCAUUUGCUUUCUAGCCGGUUCAGGAGUACAUGCUCACAUCGAUCCAUUGCUUCAAAACUCAAACAUCAUUGAUAUGACUGGCUUAGGUUGUGAAGGAGAUUUUGAAGAAGACCUUGAAGGGGAUUUUCAAGAUGAUUUUGAAGACAGAACGUUUACCUCAGACGACAUAGAAAUCAUGUCUUGA